GAUCGAAAUUAAAAUAUGCCAAUCAGGUUGGCUGAUGCCUCAACGACAGCAGUGUAUAAACCGUCGUAUUAUGAUGGCUGUCAGUUUCAAUUAAUUGGGUACUACAUUGCAACAACUCGAGUAAACUCUUCACAUUAUCAACAAUUAACAAGAGAUAAUGGCGGACCGUGGGUCUUCCUACACAUCCAACAAGACAGACCAAAGCGCCGACGAGAAAGUGAGGCAGAGAUUCUCCAGUGGCAACUACGUCGUCUCUAUCCCUGGCAUACUCAAAUUCUUGAUAAUUGUGUUGUUUCUGGUCAGUGGAAUAAUCUUCGUCAGCUCCAGUCGAUGUCCGAACACGCCUGACUGGGACCGGAUUUUGUUUCCAGUCGUCACCUUUACCAUUACGUUCAUCUGGCUCAUGUUGUACGCUGCCUUUUUACUCGCUUUAGCCAAGAAGAACCUGAAUGUCUGGGCUUCGGUGGACGUUGGACUUUCCGCAUUGGCAGCGAUUCUGGUCGUGGUGACGUGCAUUUUGACCAUUACCAAUUGCUCAGGAGGACUAACCAUCCAUUUCGUUCCAGCACCGAUUGCGUUGGUCGGAGCGAUCCUGCUCGCGGCAAACGCUGCGGCAACGUACAUCAUGUGGAAGUACCAAAAGGUGCCGGCACCAGAGAGACCGGAAUUCAUCAACCGAAUGGCUCGGAGGUUCACAAUCGAGGCAUGAUAAAAUUUUGUCUGUCAAAACAUAAAACUACUGGAAAUUAUUGUAUAUAAAAAAUUUUAGUGACUUAAAAAAUCGUUUGUAUGAUUUUUUUGUGGUACAUGUUGAAAUAAAAUUUUGUAUUUGUG